AUGAGUCAGUCUGAAACAUCAUCAUUAUUACUUCUUUCUCGCAGUGGAAUAUCCAAAAGAAGCCUUCUUGAAUCACUCAAUAUACCCGAUACUGCUUUUGAACAAGCAUCAAGAUUAUGUGUUGGAAUGCAAUUUGAUCAUUGGAAUCAUGCAAAUUUGGUCUUGUUAACUUAUGGACAACAGACUGGCUUUGUAUGGCGAAUUCAAGACAAAUAUCUUGAUAAAAUUGGGGGAGUAUAUAAGCAAUCAGUUAAAACAGAAUGUACUUGUUUUAUUAAUAUGUGUUGGCCACUUAAAUCACCAGGACCACCUAUUACUAAAAUGAAUCUCGCACAUUAUGGUCAUACACUUAAUCCUGAAACUAUUAUACAACUUCUUUUUGGUGAAUUUAAAGAUCAGCUUUUUUUAGACAAGGAUCUAGCUAAUGCUAUUCAACAUUUUCGAAAAGGAGAUCCAAGAGAUUCUGAGCAAGAUCCUGAAAAUGAUGCAUCAAAUCUCCUUAAAGAAUUGCAAAAGCUCAAAAAAAGUGAUCCAACAUGGGAAUUUAACGCAGCAGAAUAUCGGGAUUACUUGUCUGAUUUACCUUUUAGCAUUGCUUCUUCAUCAGCAGUUCGUGUAUUUCCUAAAUUAGUGGAAAGUUUGAAAGAGUUUUUAACAGAUGAAGUAUUCCAUUUUCAAAAGGCUCAAAUUGAUGUAUGUUUUGAAUAUUAUUCAAAAAUAAUUCCUUUUGAACAAUAUGGUGAUUGUGAUAAUAUUGAUGAGUUUGAUACCUCAGCUUGUAUUGAGGAUUCUAUAGAUAAAUCACAAGUUGCACUUAAAUCUCUCAUCAACCAUGUUAAUAUUACUAAUAUUCUGGAAAUUUGGGAAGUUAAACAUAUGGCAACAAAUACAUCUUCAACCAACUAUGUGGCAUUAUGUCAUGACUAUUCACAUAUUUGCACAUGUUUGCUUUUAAUUAGUGAAGGUCUGGUUUGCCGUCAUUUUUUUCAAGUGAUGUUACGAAUACAAACUGCAAAAUUUGCCAUUACUUUGAUAAAGAAUCGGUGGUAUAAGAUAUUAACAUACAAAAUAUUAAUACCAUAUAGAAUAUAUCAUCAAGAGACUAAUACUGCAACUGAAAAUUCUGCUCUAAAUUCUAUUUAUGAGAUUCAGAAUCUAAGACAAGAAUGUUUAAACCAAGAUCCUGAAAUUGAUCAUUCAAUUAUGAAAUGA